AUGCGCGUGCCGGACGCCUGCCUCAGCUACUACAUCCAACUGCCAGACAGCGACGCGGCGCUCGUGGCGGAGUGGGCCCAGGCGGCGGUGGCCAGCAAUGGACAGCAGAAGGCCACGCUGUGGUUCCUCAUCUACUCGAAGGAGUACGAAACGAUCAUCCAGCACGCAGGCGCCGCGGACCCUGCCAUGAAGCAGUUCGUGUAUCGGUCGGGGCUGAUUCAAAACUUCCCUGAGAUCGACACAAGCGGAGAAGAGGACAAGGCUUUCGAGAACAAAGACGAUCUGGAGCAGCUAGACUCCUGCCUCUCGCUGGUGGACACCAUCGGCGAGAGCAACAUUGUGUUUGUGGGAGCUCCGAAGGCGCUACGGUCUUGCGCUCAGUAUCUAAUGAAGCAACCGGUCGUCGGGUUUGACGCGGAGUGGAAGGCGAUUCGCGUCUGUGCAGAGCCGAACAAUCCUACCGCCCCAUGCGCCCUUAUCCAGCUCGCCUCUCGCGACAAAGCUUUCGUCGUUGAUAUGGUGGAACUGAGUGGCCACGACCACAUCUUGGCUCCUCUGUUCCAGUCGGACCAAGUGCUGAAGCUGGGCUUCAAUCCGACGGGCGACGUAAAGGUUUUUCGCCCAUUGCUGGCCGAAGGGGGCACCACAAAGUUCUCCAUAACAGCAUUGGUUGAUCUGCAAGCAGUCGCACGGAAUUUGCGUGGCUCUGGGAGCUCUGUCAACUCAAACAAUCCCUACGCUGGAUGCGGCGACGAUAACAAUUGCAGCACGACUGGAAAUGAGGCAUUCAAAGAGGGGCUGUCAGCAGUUGCAGAGACGUAUCUGGGCUUGCCUCUCGACAAGCGCGUCCGCAUGUCAGAUUGGGAGGGUCGUCCACUGACGCGAGCUCAACUUCACUACGCAGCGCUGGACGCACACGUGCUGCUUCAGAUUUACGACAAGAUGCAGGAGCAGCACCCAUCGCCCGUGGUUCGAGCUGCUGUGGACCGGUUCACACGAAACAUCUACAUGUAG